ACCUGCAAUGUACUAGACACUGGGUGUUCAGUGGGCAGCCAGCUGCGGCGGGUCUCUGACUUCAACUGCUCUCUCUCUCUCAUUGUCCCAAAGUCCUCCAUCUGGACGUGCCAACGGAGAGUAACGAUGCUUUGGGAGGAUCAGCUCUCCACGGUGAGUGGAUUCGAAGCUCAGUUCCUGGAGCUUCCAUCUCCCUGGUUGGCAUCUUUGAUUUGGGCAACUCUAUCACCUUGCUACAACCAUGCUGUCCCUCCCUCCAAGUCGGUCAAACAGCGAAGGCCUGGUGUAAAGUACUAAUGCAUCAUCACUUCCUUUCUCUAUCUCUUUCUUGACACAUGUAAUCUCACAGGACAUGUUUGAUCUCUCCAUUUGCCAUGUCUGAUGGUGAUGGUAGAUGGACAAUCGGAUCGGAUGAAGUCUGUUGACUGUGGGGCUGCUGCACGUCUAGAGCAGGAACCGAAACACCACCGAGCGAGGCCUCGGCUCUCAACAUGGUUCGUCACGGGAUGCAGGGGUCUGGGGGAACUUCAACGGGAGCAGAUAACUGCCGGCAGCUAGAUGGAACUCCACGAUUAAAUCAUUGUUGUUGUUGUUGUUGCUGUUCUCCUCCUCCCCUCUCCUCCCUCAGCAUUGAUACAUGCACCUUUGAUAUCUGUUUUUGAACUCUGUCCAUUGCCCUUUCCUUUCUCCCAACACGUCUUGCACUGUGCCUCAUGGCUCUUCCAAUUGUACCUAUCGCUGGAGCCAUUGCAGGCGUAAGUGCUGCAGCUGCUUACCUCGAUGCCAAAUUUCACAUCCGAAAAGACCUGACGUCAAUCCGCGGCGAAGCUGCGACAGAGAGCGCUUUUGUCAAAGCCAGCGCCAACAAUCGCGGCUCUCUCUGGUAUCGAUUCGAAGAACAAGUCCAUCGCCUUCCCCCGACCGAAGAAGCCAUCUGGUCGCGCGCAGGAUGCUAUACCUGGCCCGAAACAUACGCCAACGCCUGCCGCUACGGUCAAUACUUUCUACAGAAUGGCGUAACAUCGGGGACGCUCGUUACCUUCUACCUCACAAACCAACCCGAGUUCAUAUUCGGUACACUGGGAGCAUGGUCAGUCGGAUCGGCCCCUGCUAUGAUAAACCACCAUCUGGCGGGUGACGGGUUGAUACAUUGUUUGAAGGUUGCAGGUGGAAAGCUGUUGAUUGUCGAUGAGGAUGCUGAAGCACGCGAGAGGAUUGAAGAUGUGCGCGAUAGAAUUGAAGGCGAGCUCGGCAUGGAAAUAAGGAUACUGGACAAGGCGUUGAAGGGUGAAAUUCUGCGCAUGGAGCCGAAGCGCCCAGAGGACGAGCUCCGUAGCACCAUUGGUGGUAAAUUUCCCAUGUGUUUGUUCUACACAAGCGGCACAACGGGGCAUCCCAAAGCAUGUGCUUUCGAAACUCGACGCGCUGGCAGUCUUGCUGGCGGCCGGUCGCGAGCUCUGGGUCUGGAACCGGGUCCAAACGGCGAUCGAUGGUAUAUUUGCAUGCCCCUCUAUCAUGGCACUGGCUUCACCACGGCCGUUACGUGUCUGCUGUCUGGCCUGACCUUGUGCAUGGGCAAGAAAUUCUCCACUUCAAGAUUCUGGUCUGAUGUCCGCGAAUCAGACUCCACUGCAUUUGUAUAUGUCGGAGAGACUGCACGGUAUUUACUGGCGAACCCCCCGAGCGAGCUGGAUAAGAAACACAAGGUGAAGGUCAUGUUCGGCAACGGCAUGCGUCCUGAUGUGUGGCCGCGCUUUGUCGAGCGUUUUGGGAUACAGACAGUAGCUGAGUUUUUCAACAGCACGGAGGGAAUGUUCGCGCUGAUGAAUGUCUCGCGCGGUCCGUUCUCUGCUACAUGCGUUGGUCACCACGGCGCUCUUCUUAGACGAAGGUUUAACAACAUAUUCAUUCCGGUGGAGAUUGAUCACGAAUCAGGUGCCAUAGCACGCGAUUCCAAGACUGGAUUUGCUAAGAGGAGCCCGUAUGAAGAGGGCGGCGAGAUCCUUGUAGCAUUGCCCUCUGAAGACGCUUUUGUGGGCUAUUAUAACAACCCAGAGGCCACAAAUAAGAAAUUCGAACGCAAUGUGUUCAAGAAAGGAGACCUGUUUUACCGGACUGGAGAUGCUCUUCGGAGAGAUAACGAUGGGAGAUGGUUCUUCAUGGAUCGAUUGGGCGAUACGUUCCGAUGGAAAUCUGAGAACGUGAGCACUGCAGAAGUCAGUGAGGUGCUGGGCAAUUACCCCGGCAUCGUAGAGGCCAACGUCUACGGAGUGGAAGUACCCGGUCAUGACGGACGUGCAGGUUGCGCAGCAAUCUAUAUUGACCCUGCACAUCUUGGCAGCUUCGACUUCAACGCUCUUCUCCAAUAUUCAAGGGAGAAACUGCCAAAGUACGCAGUGCCUGUCUUCAUCCGGGUAUUGAACAACAUCACAGCCAUGCACAAUAACAAGCAGAACAAAGUGCCACUACGCAAUGACGGCAUUGACCUGCCAAAACUUCAAGAGAGAGCCAACAAGGAAGCUGCCGCCAGUGGAUCGGACGUGGCGAAAAUCAAAUAUGAUUCAAUGUACUGGUGUCCUGCGUCCUUGGGAAACACCAAAGGCGUCGAAGAUGUGGGAGGCUACGUGGUUUACACAGAAGCAGACUGGAACGCCUUGAAGAACAGUGUUCCGGGUGCCGCCAGGCUGUAG